GCCAUUCUGCCAAUUGCCGUUCUGCCAUUCUGCCAUCUGCCAAGAGGCCAAUUCCUUUCUGCCCACGACACUACUCGCAGCUGACUUCCAUUAUUGUCUUGAUCUCCUCGUGUGCACGGCCUUGCUCCCGCAGGCGCCUUGCGCCCCUCUCUUCUUCCUGUACUACUAUGAAUUCAUAUCCAUCACAGAUACCACCAAAACGCUAUGAUCUCGUCCAGACAUUUGAUGCCAUGGCGCUCGCUGGCAAGCCAAAUGAGAGCAAGCGACUACCUGACCCUCUCCCUGCCAACGGGAAUCGGGCAAGUAGUUUUAUAGGAGGUUUCAGUCCCGAAAAGAUGGCAGUGAACGCGCUACUUGACGCCACCAAACGACAACCCACACACAGCGGACAAUCCUCUCCGAACAGUAAGGGCAUAUUACCCCCACUACCAAUGCCGCCUACCUUUGUGGUGGCCAUUCCAUCUCCUCAGACGGGGAAACAGUCGUUGACGAUGCAGCACGCGCUCAAUACCAAGCCACUGCCAGUCAUCACUCCACCAUCGCAUCCUCACUCGGAUUCCCUCCGUCCCCUUGACAUCAUGGCCUAUCCCUCUAUCUCCGUAGGAAUGCGCUCGCGUCCAGCGCUCGAUAUCACACCCAAAUCUCGACCGCGUGCUAUUUCUGUACCCCUUUCCCCAUCAUCAUCUUCGGCGACCAAGAACACCACACAAUGUAGCAGCAUGACAAAACUCGGGAAGCGAUGCUCGCGCCAAGUCAAGCUUCCCUCGACGCACUCUCAUAUUGACCCAAUACCUGUCGUGUAUUGUCAUCAGCACCGCGACGCAAUGUUUCAUGCGCAAACCGGAUUCUAUGUCAGACAGAAAGGCAUGCCAGAUACAUUUGUAGAAUUUAGUGAUUAUAUACCACAAUACCUCCAACGCGAUACCCAGCUGGCACUUAGAGUCGAAAUGGAGAAAGCUGCUUCCACUUCGGACGUCUCUGGAUAUAUCUACACGUACGAAAUCCGAGACCCGAAACGUCCUGGUGUAAUUCAACUUAAAGUCGGGCGCGCUGUAAAUCUCACAAAACGACUGGAUCAAUGGGGCAAACAGUGCGGCUCGAAGGUGCCAAUCGUCCGGGGGUGGUGGCCAGGCACAGUCGAAGACGAGAGUGACGACGACGGCACUAAUGGGAGCCUGCUUACAGGAAACAUCAAGGCGGGAGAACCGGGGCCAUUGUGCCACCGUGUGGAGAGGUUGGUGCAUAUAGAGCUCGCGGACUUGGUGGUCCACACACCAUAUCUGGACCCCAAGUUUCCGAAAGUCGACAAUUCAGACACCUCUCCUUCUACCUCGGGGUCGCCGAAGAAGGCUACGAUGAAGCCCUGUCUUGAUUGUGGUACUAUACACAGGGAAAUAUUUGCAUUUCCACGUCCCGAGAAGGGACGUUACAAGGGGCGAGAGUGGGAACUUCUCGUGAAACCCGUCAUUGAGAAAUGGGGCAAAUUUGUAUCGGAAUACUAUGCUUGAGCUAUCACAUGCAACACCCCUUCGGAGGGAGUCAAUGGGAAGCCUUAUACCCCUCGAUUGAUGUCCACGGCGCAAGCCCCAGAAUGACACGCUUUCCAUCAGAGCUUUUGGUGUCUACGGUAAAAUAUUUGACUGUCAAAGGACUUUUGUAAUUCUGACAGCGCACAUCUUUCCUUUCGGUAUUACUCGAAACACUGCGACAGACACUUGUCACAACAGCUCUAGUCUCCCUCAGCCUCGCCUUGUACAGACUAAGUACUAUAGACGAAUGAAGACGUUCCUUAUUUACUCAACUAUCAUAGGUCAGUAAAAGUCCGCUCUGAAUCCGAUCUACAUAAUGGCCACAUAUCUAGCUUGUGUAUCUCUAUGCACUUAAUUAGUUGUUGCUCGGCGUGAAUCUCGUCAUACCGAGGACUGAAAGCAGUGCGUGCCGUAGUGGGGGCAGAGAACGUAGCAUGUGGUUCAGUGCCAAAUUGCGUUACGAAGC